AUGCCUCCAGCACCUCGCCAACCUCUGAAAGUACCAGAAUCCUACGCGUCCCUGCCUUUGCAACACAUCAAAGUCUCCCAUGUACCUGAAUCCUCGCGUACCGCGACACCGGUGAUCUUGAUUACCUUGAACAGGCCAGAGAAGCACAAUGCCUUUACAGAUAUCAUGCGGCAAGACAUGGAGACUGUUUACGAGCUGGUCAAUAUUGACCCGAGAGUGAAAGUAGUCGUCCUCACUGGUGCUGGAAGGAGCUUUUGUGCCGGCGCAGACCUCGACAUUGGCUUCUUAGGAGCCAAGGACGAGCACGGCGUGGUCAAAAACCCGAAGACAGAAAGAGACGUGGAUCACAGAGACGGUGGUGGGAGAACGUCUCUAGCUAUACAUCAGUGCACCAAGCCGACGAUUGCAGCCAUCCAAGGCGCCUGCGUUGGUGUCGGUAUAACCAUGUGCUUGCCGGCCUGCAUACGCAUCGCUUACGCAAAGGCCAAGGUCGGCUUUGUCUUUAGCAGACGUGGCAUCAUCAUGGAAGCUUGCUCGUCAUAUUUCCUCCCACGACUGAUUGGACAUUCUCGAGCUUUGCAUCUAACCACCACAGGUUCGGUGUACCCAGCGGACCAUCCAUUGUUUGGCACACUCUUCUCCGAAACUUGUGCCACUCCUGAAGGUACACUGUCCAGAGCACUCGAGCUUGCAGAUGAGGUUGCCACGAACACCUCAACGGUCUCGACCAAGAUGAUGAGGGACCUUAUGUACAGGGGACCUGAUAGCGCGGAGGGAGCUCACCUGCUCGAUUCAAGGAUCAUUCAUGGGCUGUUUGGGAGCAAGGACAAUAUUGAGGGCGUGGAGAGUUUUCUGCAAAAGAGAAAGGUCAACUUUACCGGUCAGGUACCGCAAGAUGCUCCUGAUGGGUAUCCUUGGUGGCAGCAGAUUGAUAUCGGUGAUAAGCUAUUAGAGAAGCGGCAGACCAAGCUCUAA